CUUCGCAGGCACGCAAAAAUCCUAGAAUGUUUACAUCAAAUUAUCAGCAAAAGUUUAUUUAAAAGUGGAGUAAUCCUUUAAAGCUAUAAAAUAAUAUAAUGAACUUUUAAGUUACACUUGUUACUUACUGUGUCGAUGUCCAAUCCUCAUCUAAAAUGAGACUGUGACAGGUGUGACGUCAUCAGUCCUCUCUCUUCUGCCCCCACUGGACGAAUCCGGAACUGCCUGGAAAGUUCAUGAACUCGCUGGUGCUGAAGAACACACGCUAUAAAGCCGAGUGACUCGCAGCACUCGAGUCAAAUCUAAAUGCCUCACGAGUGGACGAACCAGAGAGACUCGAGAACACAAACCCUGAACAUGUUGAUCCCACAUGGAUUCCAGCCUUCCUUCAGCUCACUGAUGGGAACCGAGUGGCCAGUGCAGCGCAGUCUCUGUCCGGAGAUCACAGCUCUUCACAGACACGCAGAAGUGCUGCAGGAGGAGAGGAGCAGCCUGGAGAAACUGCAGCACCAGAUCUUUGAGGAGAUCUAUCCAGUCUCCUGCGCAGUGGAGAGAGACGGAAGCCGCUUUGCUUUGAUGCUGGACACUCGCAACUUUUCCCCGGAGGAGCUGUCGGUCAGGCAGGUGGGCAGGAAGCUGCAGGUCUGCGGAAAGAACCAGAAGAAGCAGGAGGAUCCUGGGAAAGGCUCGUACUCGUGCAGAAUCCAGGAGUUCAGACGGGAGUUUGACCUGCCUGAAGGAGUGAAUCCUGAGGGAUUGUCCUGUUCCAUGGCUGAUGAUGGGAAGCUCUACAUACAGGCGCCAGUGAAUCAGAGAUCUGAAGACGCUGAGAGGAAGAUUUCCACUGACUGUGAAGCUGAAGACAGUCGAGACACAACAUGAAGCCACGACUGCUCAGAAGAAGAACCCUGAUCAGCUCUGAUGGACUGCCUCAAAUGAUGCUUCGUUUUUAUAUAAAUCCUGUACAGUUUGAGUAAAAUAUCACAUUUAUUUAUUUAAACUUCAUGUAUAGCGUAUUUAACAUGGAUAUACAGUGCGAUGCUUUUCCUCACAUUUGCUUUGAAAAAUAUUAGCACAAGA